AUGCUCAGCUUCAUCCCCCUCAUCGCUCUGCUUCCUCUCCUCGCCUCGGCCUGGAAGAGCGACAACCACACCUGUGCCGCGCUCCCGCGGUAUUACUCUUGCGAGCUCAGCAACUCCACGCUGAAGACGUACGACACGUGCUGCACUCCUACUGAGGUCCUCUCCUCAUCUACCAUGAUUUUCGCUGACUCCCAGUUCUGGCAGACGUACACCGGUCUCGAGAAGCAGGGGUCCGUCCUCCCCAAGGAGAGCUGGACGAUUCACGGUCUCUGGCCCGACAGGUGCGAUGGCACGUACGGCCAGUACUGUGACCUUGGACGGCAGUACGACCCCCGUCCUUCGCCCAAUACCACCACCGGGCUGCCCAACGGCACCAUCGUCCCGGUGUGGAAGGGCGGCGACAUUGUCACUCCCCUCUUGAAGAAGGUAGCCCGGUACGACCUGCUCGCGUUCAUCAACAAGUACUGGAAGAAUCGGGACUACGAGGACUAUGACCUUUGGCAGCACGAGUUCUCCAAGCACGCCACCUGCUUCUCCACCUUUGACGUCGGAAACAACGGCACCAACAAUUGCUACGGUUCCGAAGUCGUCAACGCGACCGAGUCUUCCCUCGUCGACUAUAUUGAGGCCGUCGUCGCUUCCGAACUCCAGUACCCGACGUACACCUGGCUCAAGAACGCCGGGAUCACCCCGUCCAACACCACCUCGUACAACCUCACCGCGUUCGAGUCUACGUUGACCAAGGCCUCGGGUGCCCUACCCUACGUCGGAUGCUCCGGCCCUACCCGCCAGACCCUCUCUGAGCUGUGGUACUACACCCACACCCUGGGCAGACCCCAGGAGGCCAUCUUCAAGCCCGUCAACGUCUCCACACCCAAGUCCAACUGCAACACCACCGCCCCGAUCUGGUACUACACCCGGUCGAACGGAUCGGAGGCGUAA